UCGAAAGAGGAACAUGGCGACGGCCGGUUCUGUGUGGAAAACGGGACGAAUACUGUACAGACCUUCUGUCUGUCUACAACAAGCAAACAGGAGGUUUUCAGAGAGUGGCGACAAAGGCUGGUUCCGGUCCCUGUUUGUUAACAAAGUGGAGGCCAGGAAAGACGCUCACUCCAACCUGCUGUCGAAGAAAGAGAUCAGCAACCUGUAUAAAAUCCAGUUUCACAACGUCAAACCCGAGUGCCUGGAUGCGUACAACAGUCUGGAGGCCGAAGUGCAAAACAGGCUCCAUCACGACCAGGAUUACCCGUGCGAGGUGGUGGGGAGCUGGAAUACCUGGUAUGGAGAGCAGGAUCAGGCCGUGCACCUUUGGCGUUACAGAGGAGGCUAUCCCGCUUUGACUGAAUGUCUGCACAAACUGAGAACAGACAAGGAAUACUUGGAGUUUCGCAAGGAGAGGGCCAAAAUGCUGAUUUCGAGGCGUAACCAGCUUCUCCUGGAGUUCUGUUUCUGGAACGAGCCGCUGCCGAGACAAGGACCGAACAUCUAUGAACUGCGCACCUAUAACCUGAAGCCCGGGACCAUGCUCGAAUGGGGCAACCGCUGGGCGAGAGCAAUCAAAUACAGACAGGAGAACCACGAGGCGGUGGGCGGGUUCUUCACUCAGAUCGGCGAACUGUACGUGGUUCAUCACCUGUGGGCUUAUGACAGCCUUCAGUCACGGGAGGAGACGAGAAAUUCCGCCUGGCAGAAGGAAGGGUGGGAUGUUAAUGUCUAUUAUACAGUGCCUCUGAUCAGAAACAUGGAGUCUAGAAUAAUGAUUCCCACAACGAGUUCCCCAUUACAGUGAGAAGAUGGCUGAGAAUACGAGCGACUCUGUGACCAAACCUCACCGACAUACCCGAUCUUACUUAUUUUAGAUUUUCUUUUUUUAAUCUGCUGGAUGACCUGCACACAGCAACGUCAGAUUUUUAUUUUUACCUGCACUCCAGCCAGUCAAGAACAACAUUACUACGUUUAUAUGCAUUUAGGUCAAAAUGUGGAAAAGAGAAUAAUGUGCUCAGGAAAAUAAAUAUUGAUUCUGUGAUACUAUCAUGCUUUUUUUUUUCCACUCCAUGAAUCAUUUAUAGGAGGGGCUGUCUUUUUCUCUCUGGCUGAGGGAUUAGUGUCGGAGCAGAUUUGUACCACUCUGCAUGAAUCACACUGAAUGUGAUCACGCUAAGCUUCACAACAGGCUGAUUACAGUUUGCAGUAAGAUGUGCAAAGUGUCUGUCAGAAGAAGAUGUGCCCUUUUAUGAAGUUGUCUUGACUUUCUAAUAAAAGGUUGACACAGUAUUCUUAGAUAUUUGAAUUUUACUUAUCAGAUAACAACUCAGAAGUGUAUAAUCCAGGCAUUAAAUUCUCUUAACU